AUGAAUUGUAAUAUCGUCUAUUCAUUUGAAUAUUUGCUAAUUUUCAGUCAUCAUGUCGAGUCAACAUCGAAUCUAUCGCGAUUCGAACAAGAGAAUAAUGAAAAAACUGGUUCGAUUGACCAAUUGAAAUUACCUCAAGUCGCAGCAGAGACUAUACGAGAUGAACUGGUUCAUGUGACAGCAUUAGCGUAUGAUCCACGAAUCGAGCUGCAUCGUGAGGAGAUUGAUACUGGUCAUUUUGAGUGUCCCGAACGGACGUUUGCUAUAGCUAGUCAAUUGCGUGGCUCAGGCCUUUUGCGACGUUGUCAUGUGCUACCGGCACGUGAGGCCACAACAGAAGAAUUGGAGCUGAUCCACGAUAGACCGCAUGUGAAACGAAUGGAACGUACCGCUCAGAUUGACGAAGCAGAACGAAGACGAGAUGAGGCGUGUUUCGAUUCGAUGUACUUUUGUAAGGAUUCCUAUAGUGCAUCGUUGGCGGCUGUUGGCUCACUUCUUGAGUGUGUUGAUGCGUUGUUGGAUGAAUCACGAGAAGAGGGUCAUGCAAACAAUGCGUUCGCUCUUGUGCGACCACCAGGUCAUCAUGCCACCCCAUCGCAAGCGGCCGGUUUUUGUAUCUUCAACAAUGUGGCAAUAGCAGCGAAAUACGCCAUGGACAAAUAUGGUUUACAAAGAGUUUUAAUCGUAGACUGGGAUGUACAUCAUGGUAACGGAAUUCAGGACGCCUUCUAUUAUGUAAGUUUUGUGGAAAUGGUUUUACUUAACUAA